AAUAUCUUCAGUUACAUAUUCUACAAGAUCUUCACCGGGGAAGUACCGUGUUUCAAAGUAUACGAAACAAAAUACAGUCUCGCCUUUCUCGCGAAGCCUCCUGUUUCUCAUGGGCACACGCUCAUCAUACCCAAAUACCACUCUCGUACAUUAACGGAUCCCGGACUCCCAGACGAGUUCCUCGCAGAUGUCGGUCCCAUAAUGAAGAAGAUAGCAGCGAUGAAUGGCGAGGAUUCAUACAAUGUCAUCCAGAACAACGGCAGGACUGCCGGGCAAAGUGUCGACCAUGUGCAUUUCCACGCCGUGACGAAGCCAGCGAACCAACCUAAUCAGGGACUCAUCCUGACACCCCAGAGCUGGUCUUCGUACCUACGAUCGAUGAAGAAUACACUCAGGACGCUGAUAAGAUGA